UUCCUUCCUUUCGUUCGUCUCUCCAAAGCAGAGAGAAAUGGCAGAGAAGCGGAGGUCCCCGUGCACGCUGAGCGUCAAAGCGCACGCAUUCUCGGUAGAGGCGCUGAUCGGGGCGGAAAAGCGGCGCAGGACCGGGGAGGAUGUUGUCUCUCCCGGCUUCGAGGACGGGACUGAUGUCUCUGAUCUUACCGGGAGCCCGGGGCCACGGGCCGAGGGAGCGUGCGCCAGCGACCGGGGCAGCGAGGUAGAAUGUGCAAGUGACGGAUCGCCGGAAAGCGAGGACGCGCUGCUGGAGAGCCCGCCGCCGGGAGCGCUCUGCACGGCGCCGGUAAGCGGGAGCGGAGAGGAGACCCGCGUGGACCUGCAGGGAUCAGACCUGUGGAAACGGUUCCACGAGAUUGGCACGGAAAUGAUCAUCACCAAGGCGGGACGGCGGAUGUUCCCUGCUAUGCGUGUGAAGAUUACAGGCUUGGACCCACAUCAGCAGUAUUACAUUGCCAUGGAUAUAAUCCCCGUGGACAACAAGCGAUAUAGGUACGUGUACCACAGCUCCAAGUGGAUGGUGGCAGGGAACGCGGACUCCCCUGUCCCGCCCCGGGUGUACAUCCACCCGGACUCCCCGGCCUCCGGAGAGACGUGGAUGCGUCAGGUGGUCAGCUUCGACAAACUCAAACUAACCAACAACGAGUUGGACGACCAGGGACACAUUAUUCUGCACUCCAUGCACAAGUACCAGCCGCGGGUUCAUGUAAUCCGUAAGGAGUGUGGAGAGGAGUUGUCCCCAGUGAGGGCCGUCCCUGUGGGGGAAGGCACCCGGACCUUCUCCUUCCCUGAGACUGUGUUCACCACAGUCACCGCAUACCAGAACCAACAGAUUACAAGGUUGAAAAUUGACAGAAACCCAUUUGCCAAGGGCUUCAGAGACUCUGGCAGAAACCGGAUGGGUCUGGAGGCUCUGGUCGAGUCCUAUGCAUUCUGGCGUCCCUCCCUGCGGACGCUCACAUUUGAGGACAUCCCCGGCAUGACCAAGCAAGGAGUCCCGGGAGCUCACGGAGGUGUUGGAACGUCAUCUCACCUGCUCUCCUCGUCCCCAUGCUCCUCACCUUUUCAGGUUUGCCCUCUCAGCCCGCCUGACUACAGCUGCAGCCGACCCACACACCCCCUCCAUCGCUACAGCAACGCCCCGGAGCCGUUCCCCCCUCCACGAGGUUCCUCAGCCUACGAAGGUGAAGGAUUUUGUUCCCUGUCUCUCCCUGCCUCUCAGAUUGGCUAUCUACCAAACCCCUCCCCGCAGGGUUACGCUGGCCUCCGCCUCCACACACCACCAUACAGUCUGUACGGUUACACGUUUCCUCCCUCACCACGCCUCGCUGCCAGCCCUGAUAAAAUGGCCUCUGCUGCCAAUCAUCAGAGCCCGUUCCUUGGUUCCUCCCCGAGCGGGACUCUAACGGACAGUCUGGGUGUCCUCAGCGGGGGCCAGCAGGGCUUCUUGUUUGACUCUCGGACUUUAGGAUUGGCCGGUAGCCAGCCAGGAGGUGGGACCUCACAGGUGACCGCCCACAUGGGCUGAACUUGACUCCUGACCUCUGAGGUUGUCAUGGAAACAAUGACAUUCUGGAAUGGGUACCAGCAGCCUCUGAUUCAGAGUUUUGUACAAACAAACCGUCCACGCCUUGCCGAAGUAUGGACAGAAACGACGACAGAGAAGCAAGAGCGACGGCUCAAGACGUUGCUUCUGCGAGCACAAAGAGCUUGUCAAAGCUCCUAGGACUGAGGGGAAUAUUUUUACCGAGUUCUUAUUUUUCAAGCAUGUUCUCCGCAGCAGUUGCUAAAGGAAGAAACUGUGGCUUUGGAUAAGCAGUCCAAAUAAUGUAACCUAGUGACUGAACUGGAACAGAGUAUGGAUCAGAUCCACACAAACAGAAGCCAAGUAAGUCUGGGCAGAAUCUGGGCUGGCCCGGACCCUCAAAGCAAGCACUUCAACCCCUGACAGGAGUCCCCCUCAAGCAGUGUAUUUCAACUAUUAUUCUCACACAGUAAUUCUGCAACCCCUCAAUAAUAUGGUGAAAUCUUGCCUACUG